GGAGAGUGGGGGUGUAGCCCGUGAGGCUGUGGUAAUAUCAGAGAGAGAGAGGUGGGGGAGAGAGACGCGGGUGGACAGUGUGAUGCUGCGCGUUAUCUACUGGCUAAAUGAGGGUUGUCUUUCCCAGUUUAGGCAGCAGGGCUUCUCCACCCUUUCCAGUAAGGAUCCGUAAUUUACACGACAACAGCAGGGCGCCUGUCGGAUCUCCACUGGACCCUGCGCUGCUGGAUCUCCCACAGUGCUUCUGCUGCUACUGCUGCUUCAUCACCAAGCUCUUAACGCCGAAGGAGGACGAGGUCUGGUUUCCGUGCCAUGUGCAGAACAACAUGUAUGUGUGAAUUCACGCGGUGACAGCGGAGGGGGGAAUGGAGCAGUUGUCAUCAAAUUCCUGCAGACGCACCGACGGUGAUACUGUGGAGGCUGUCGUGUAGUGAAAAGACCUUCAUACGCAGCGGCCAAUCCUAGAGAUUUCGGGAGGUUUUGACAGCCAAAUAAAAGGGGGAAAAAGAGCCUCAGCGGUCAGGUUUCAUGUCAACCACAACAAUGGGGGAGCAGCCCAUCUACAGCACGCGGGCCCACGUCUUCCAGAUCGAUCCCAACACCAAGAAGAACUGGCUGCCCACCAGCAAGCAUGCCGUCACGGUUUCCUACUUCUACGACAGCACGCGCAACGUCUACCGCAUCAUCAGCCUGGACGGCACCAAGGCAAUAAUCAACAGCACCAUCAGCCCCAACAUGACGUUCACAAAGACCUCACAGAAAUUUGGGCAGUGGGCGGACAGCCGAGCUAACACUGUCUAUGGACUGGGAUUCUCCACUGAGCAUCAUCUAUCCAAGUUUGCAGAGAAGUUUGCAGAAUAUAAAGAAGCAGCAAGACUCGCUAAGGAGAAGAGUCAAGAAAAGAUGGACAUGGCCACAUCUCCUUCUCAGGAGUCUCCGGCAGGCGAGCUCUCAUCACCUUUGACCCCGGUGACUCCGCCCAUGGAAAACAUCAACGGCACAGAUGAAAUCUGUGACACGACUCCCAACUCAGACGCCCGUCCCGAGCCGGCGCAGAACGCUCUGGCCUUUGCACACAGGGAGCAGUUUAAGACUUGUCGGGUCUGCUCUUUCUGAUAGGGAUGUCAGUUCAAGUCCUGACUACUGCGACACCAUAACUACGCAAAACAAACAAACGAACAGGAAAAAAAAAUGUUCAGGAUCAAAACUUUCAAAAAUUAAGAGCCCGAUUGCAGAUCAGCAACAGGGAGGGCGCUCUUUCCAAAAACCUGAUGCACUGCCUGUUUAGCAACUUUUAAAAAGUAAGGUUAAGCCAGCACGCCAAAACUCCAGUAAGGACGAAUGCGGUGAUAUGGGCGCAAGAGUUCUUCUUGAAUUAUGAUCAGUGAUAUUUACACACUGGACCAGCAAACGAUGUAACUUUGAGUGUUUCUCAGGUCUGAGAAAUAAUUUCACUUAUUCAUUUUUGUUCAGUCUGAGCAUGCUCGGUGAGAAAACUCAAGCACAUUUCUAAUUUUGUGUAUGCUACUGCGAUGCAAUAACAUCAUGUCAAAUUCAAAUCUCUUGACUGAGUAGGUGUUGGUGUCACCUCUAUGCAUGCACCAGUACUGUUGUGUACAUUCCUCUGAAAUGGAUAACUCAUGUUGCUUGUGAUUGUUAAUCCUGGUUCAUAUGCACCAGACUGUGUAAGAUUCAGAGGUUAAAGAGUCGUGUAAAUAUUUUUGUUGUGUACAAUGGCUUUCUGAAAAGGUGCGGUUGUGCGAGGCUCAUCGCCAAAAAGUUGUCGAUGAAGCAUUUAUGUAAGACUUAUAUAACACACUGUGGGUAGUGGGAGGCAGAGAGAGUGCAAGACAGACAGACAGAGAGAGAGUAUGUGUCAGAAACUGGGAAUAGCGAGAACGACAGAGAGGGAGAGGUGCUUGUAUAAAGUCUGUACAUGAGUCACUCAUACCUAAACAGCACCAACUGCACACACACUCUCAGCACAAUAAAUAAACUGAACAGACGGGAAUGGGCAAUCAGUUUGAGUUGUUCAACUGAGUGUUUUUCUUUUUUUCUGAGGAGAGGAAAUGUUAUCCAAUGUCACUUGUAGUCCACUGUACACACGGGUCUUUUUAUUUGUAAAACCUCUGUAACUUGUGCCACUUUGGUUAUUUCUCUGGCUGCGAUUCUUAUUAAUUAAAGAUAUCAAUCAUUAUCAAUCGCUUAAUGUAUUAUCAUUCUUUUGUUUAUUAUUUGUUUAAAUACUGGCAUGUGACUGGAGAAGCUUUUUUAAAUAUUUUAAACAUAAAUUUUGAGAUCUUGAAUACACUUAGAAGUACUUAUUAAGAACUUAUUAAUGAGGGAAAGUCUGUGAAGUGUAUGCUCACAAAUUCCUGCCACCGCACGAUGAUGUCUGUGAGGCUUCACGGAUCUGUGAAGUGAGAGCGGGAUGUAGAGAGGACACCCACUGCCUGCUGCAGCCUUGCUGCUCAUGUGUCUAUUAAUGCUGCAUGCGUGGGAGACGGGGUCGACUCUCUGCAUUCGCGAUGGCAAGUUGUGGACGUAACAAGCGAACCUCUGUCUCACGUGUUCUCAGAGGCAUAUGCAGUGAGGGUAGAAGCAAGAGCCAUCCAAAUAUUUUACCACGUAACCCUUCAUUUUUCUGUCUCUCGAUGAUUCACACUUUGCCAGUCUUAUAUCAUCGGACUGUUCCUCGAACCGAUGUGAAAAUGUGUUUUUUGACAGCUGGUUGAUAGCAAAAAGGAGAAGGGGGAAAAAAGGAAUACAGUGUUUUUUAGUGUAUUUUAUGUGCUUACUUCUAUGCUAUUUUGUGGAGACUCAGGCGUCAGUGUACAAAAAGAGUGGAGACCUCUGUGAUGGCUUGACUCUUGGCUGUAUAUCUGUUCAUGACGAUGUUGAUGAUCAUAGUGUAUAUGUGUAGGUACCGCACUGUUGCUUAGCGGGGCUGUGUAGGCAGGCAUGUGUGGGAGCAGAGGGCCGAGGCAGAGGGAGGAGGGAUGAAAGAAAGCAGGUCCACGAGAGAGUUUUUAUAUCCGGACGUGAGCGUGGCUUUGCAGGUCUGCACCGGACUCGCUUUGAAUGGUUUUCUGAAUAUUGUAAGACCUUUUUUGUUGGGACUGCCGGGGCCGUGUGUGAAUGGUGCUCUAAUGUGGGUUUGCGGUAGGCUUGCGUGAAAGGAGACCGUGCCAGUGUCUCCAUUCCUCUUGUGCUGCCAUGGCAACUGCUCAGCCUCCCCGCUUCUUGAAGGGCUGUGCGAGGAGGAAGAACCUACCUGGCAACGUGCAGUGGUCAGGACACGCCAGAAACAUAAGAGAGCUGCAGAAAUAAGUUUACGCUUUGUGUUCGGUAUCUUUAUUGAGAUGACGCUCGACAUUGUGAAGCAGCAACGCAAAAAACAGAGUGUUGAUGCUCAUGAUGUAUUGGCAGUGUGUACAGAUUAUGUUCAAAACACAAAAAACAUUCAGAAUUUUGCUUGAAAAAUAACAUUUAAUAAAAAAAAACACAAUUGGUAAAAUAAAAAUGUGAAUCUGAGACUGGAUUAAAUCUGCUCUUUUAAUGGCUGCCUUAAUGAUACAUAUCAUCACAAAGAAAAAAAAAGAGUGAACUCCAUUGUAUUUACAAUUUCAAACUGAUACAAACAGGAAAUUAUACUUUUUUAAACAUCACAUUCAUUUUUACAUUUUAAAAGCACCAAAAAUCAAGAGACACCAACUGAAAAACAUCUAUUUCUAUUAACAUUUCUGACAUGUAAAUGAUAGCAGUUCAGUGGCACAGCAGUAUUAAACUUACCCUCCUUGUGUCUCACACACACUUUCCUCUCUGCCCUGCCAUCCUCAGCCAGAACAGUGCUCAGGUGCCCCCCUGAAACCUCUGAGCCAGACUCGUUUAAUGAAGACGAACGCCAGUGUCAAAACAUCUUGCACUCUCCAGUUCUCCCUUUGUCGCUCUCCCUCGCUGUCUCCGUCUGUCUCCGUCUUCACAUCUUGACGUCUUGCCUGCACUCUGGCUCUCCGAGCUGGUGCAGCGUGGGGUUUAUACAUUGGUGGGGAGGCAUGCCUUGGUGACAGCUCUGCUCCAUCUGUGUAUGAGCAUGUGUGUGUGUGUGUAGUUGGGGGGUUGGGGUUGUGUGUCUGGUAUUAUGUGCAUGUGUAGGAUGAGGUGUCGUCUCCCUCCUAUGCGUCACACAUGCAGACACACUUGCGCUCACGGAGGGGGUGGCUGUUGUGUAAGAAGUGAAGGCGCCGUGGGAGUCCUGAGUGAAUUCUUUCUGGGCUUUCUCGCUUUUACUCUUCGCAGAGUGGGUGUUACGGAAAAGUGGAGUGCUGCUGCAGUGUGUGAGCAUAUACAGUGGGCUAUACAGUUUGUGUGUGUGCGUGUCAAUGAGGGGGUGGAACAAAACAGAACUGAAAACAUUGUUAUGGAUCAUACAGACCCUCAUCACCCCUUGAGCGAGCUAAGCUUCCUUUUGUGUUUGCACCAGUGUGAAAAAUUACAGUGAAGUAUGUGUGGGAGUAGGAGUUCCUUUUUCAGGGAUACUUGACUUGAUGCAGGUGCUCGACAGAGUUUAGAUCUAAUGGCGCCAAAGUCAGACAUUAUGUGAGAGACAGGGAAUAGAUGUUACAUAAAUCUAGAGAUACUGUAUGCAGUGUACAGAUCUCGUAGGAGAGCACAUAAGAAACAUUUCCCUCCAUAAAUAUGUACUUACUAAUACACUAGGAGCCAGAUUUUCUUGUGUGUGUAUGUUUUUUAAGCGGUCCUGAGCAGUUUGUUCACCAGGCUUUCUGAAGGUGUUUCAAAGUUUUUUUCUUUGGACAUUUUCAAUCCAGUUCUUGUACCUGAGUGUUUUUGAGCAAAGAAAGCCACCUUAUCCAAAGAAUGAAUUGUUGUGUCAAUGCAUAACAGAAGUAAUUUCAUAUUGUAUCUUUAAGCACUUUGUUACUAGCACCCUGUCACAAAAACACAUAAUAUGUUUCCAUAUGUGUAGCAAAAUCUAUGACAGAUGCCAAAAAUCACGCAGUUUGGUUAAACACAGAGCCGUUUAACCAAAACUUUAGCAUAACUUGGGAUGUGGAGCAGCACCUUUGGGAAACCAGGACAAAUGGAAAACUAAAGAAGUCACAGGCCUAAACAAAAACUAUCUACAGAACAUGAUCGGUGUCUAAAAGUCAUGUUCAAAAGAAAUAUGAAAAAAAAAAAAAUCCAGAAAAAAUCUGACACAGUCCUGACUGUUUACUGAAGCCUCAUCAGAAAUGGUCUCAGUGGAAGCUCAGGAAAGACUGAGGUAGACUCAAAAUAAUAAUUCAUUGGAUGAACAUAAUUUUAUCCUGCCACUUAUAUUCCAUCUAAACAAAUCAUGUUAUAUUAAUCCAUCUUGAUUGUGUUGUUUCAAC